UUUUGUUUGAGUCGUUUUGUGGACCGCUUGAGUUGCCACCGUUGGCUGCAGCAACUGUCGCUUCCGCAAGGAUCAUCUUCGCCGUCGCAGCCGCCGCCCUAGUGCCUAUGCAGCCGGCUCUCGACAUGCCGGCAGUUUCUGCAGAACCGAUCUUGAGCAAAGAUGAAACUUUAACGAGGCAAUCUUCAUUCAUUGGACUAAAAUGUUGGCAAUGGUGGCUUUUGGUGGCACUCAACAUUUUUUUCCUCCUUGCUGGCCAAGCAGCUGCUGUUCUUUUAGGAAGAUUUUAUUAUGACAAGGGUGGAAAUAGUAAAUGGAUGGCUACUUUUGUCCAAACUGCUGCUUUUCCAAUUCUUCUCAUCCCACUCUUCCUUAUACCCUCAUCCAAGGAGCCUUCAACUACUACUCCACCUUCUUGGACCAUCCUUGCAUCAAUCUACAUCGCUCUUGGAGUAGUCCUAGCUGGUGACAACAUGUUAUAUUCUACUGGGCUCUUGUACCUUACUGCCUCUACUUAUUCGCUCAUUUGUGCUACCCAAUUGGCUUUUAACGCGGUUUUCUCUUUCUACAUCAAUUCUCAAAAGUUCACUGCUUUGAUUCUUAAUUCUGUGGUUAUUCUAUCCUUAUCUGCCUCUCUCAUUGCUAUCAAUGAUGAUUCUGAGGGUUCUUCAGGCAUCUCUAAGGGGAAAUAUGCCAUCGGUAUCAUUUGCACCCUUGCAGCUUCAGCUCUUUAUUCUCUUUUGCUCUCCCUUAUGCAGCUAUCCUUUGAGAAGGUAAUAAAGAAAGAAACAUUUUCCGUGGUUUUGGAAAUGCAAAUUUAUACAUCCAUUGUUGCCACAUGCGCUUCUCUUGUGGGUCUUUUUGCAAGUGGGGAAUGGAAGACUCUCCAUGGAGAAAUGAAUGGGUUUGGCAAGGGGAGAAUUUCUUAUGUGAUGACUUUGGUCUGGACAGCUGUGGCUUGGCAAGUUUGUUCUGUAGGUGUUGUGGGCUUGAUUUUUCUGGUCUCUUCUCUCUUCUCCAAUGUUAUUAGUACCGUCUCUUUGGCUGUUGUUCCCAUUGCUUCAGUGAUGGUUUUCCAUGACGAAAUGAACGGCGUGAAGGUAAUUGCUAUGCUUUUGGCUUUUUGGGGUUUUGCUUCUUAUAUUUAUCAGAAUUAUCUGGAUGAUCGCAAGGCAAUAAAAGCACAAACUGGUGCUGAUGAUAACCACCCUGAUGAUUCUUCAUGUUGUUGAUUGAAACUUGUUCAGUAUUCUUGGAUUUACCCUGCUUUUCUAUUGUAAUGGACGACAUUAUCAAUCAAUGCAUAUUUAUUUACAGUUUUAUUGGUCUGUACUUGUUCAGAUCCA